UGCGUGCUCCCCCCCCCCCCACUUCCCCUCCCCCAUGUGACCUUGCACUCCGGGUGUCCUGAAUGUGCAAUUCAGGCCUUCCAGCCCUUUAUGGAACUUUGGCCUUUUGGAGGCUGGGCUGUCAUCAAGGGGAGGUCUAGCCCCUGGCUCUGACUCCAAGCAGUUUAACUGGUUUGGACUGCCUAAUCUGCCCAGAAAGAUCAGCUGGAAGCACCUGGGGCUGUUUCCCUACAGAAAGGAGUCACUGCACUCUGCUCUAAAGCCCCGCCUGCCCUUAGGGCUGCCUGCCUUUUGGGCUGCCCGCCCCUUCUGAUCCCCUUUAUGGGAGAGAGACCUGUCCAAGCAGAGCCUGGACUACAUCUCCCAGCGUGCCUGGCAGAGUGGUGGCCUCUGUGUGCCGGCUGCACCAUUUGCGGGCAACAAUGCAGCGGGCAGUAAGCAUGGUGGCCCAUCUGGGCUUGCGUCUGCAGGCGCUCCCGUCGGCCCUGGGCCGUCCACUCAGUUGUGCACAGGACGUGCUCCGCAGGACACCACUCUAUGAUUUCCACCUGGCUCAUGGCGGGAAGAUGGUGGCAUUUGCAGGCUGGAGUCUGCCUGUGCAGUACCGGGACAGUCACGUUGCCUCACACCUGCACACACGCCGGCACUGCUCACUCUUUGAUGUGUCCCACAUGCUGCAGACCAAGAUACUUGGUUGUGACCGGGUGAAGCUGAUGGAGAGUCUAGUGGUUGGAGAUAUUGCAGAGCUAAGGCCAAACCAGGGGACGCUGUCACUGUUUACCAAUGAGGCUGGAGGCAUCUUAGAUGACUUGAUCGUGACCAGCACCUCUGAGGGGUACCUGUAUGUGGUGUCCAACGCUGGCUGCUGGGACAAGGACUUGGCCCUCAUGCAGGGCAAGGUCAGGGAGCUUCAGAACAUGGGCAGUGAUGUGAGCUUGGAAGUGGUGGAUAAUGGCUUGCUAGCCCUGCAAGGCCCCACUGCGGCCCAGGUAUUGCAGGCCGGCGUGGCAGAUGACCUAAGAAAAUUGCCCUUCAUGACCAGUGCUGUGAUGGAAGUGUUUGGCGUGUCUGGCUGCCGUGUGACCCGCUGUGGCUACACAGGAGAGGAUGGUGUGGAGAUCUCGGUGCCAGCUGCAGGGGCAGUCCACCUGGCAACAGCUCUGCUGGAAAACCCAGAGGUGAAGCUGGCAGGGCUGGCGGCCCGGGACAGCCUACGCCUGGAGGCAGGCCUCUGCCUGUAUGGGAGUGACAUUGAUGAACACACCACACCUGUGGAAGGCAGCCUCAGUUGGACAUUGGGGAAGCGCCGCCGAACUGCCAUGGACUUCCCUGGAGCGUCGGUCAUUCUUCCUCAGCUGAAGGGCAAAGUGCAGCGGAGACGUGUAGGGUUAAUGUGCGAGGGGGCACCUAUGCGGGCACACAGCCCCAUCCUGAAUAUGGAGGGCACCAUGAUUGGUACUGUUACCAGUGGCUGCCCCUCUCCCUGCCUGAAGAAGAAUGUGGCCAUGGGUUAUGUGCCCUGUGAGUAUAGUCGGCCAGGUACCCCGCUGUUGGUAGAGGUGCGGCGGAAGCAGCAAAUGGCUGUGGUCAGCAAGAUGCCCUUUGUGACUACAAAUUACUAUACCCUCAAGUGAGGGUGGAUUGGGUCAGGGUCCUUCCCAUCCAGGAGCCUGGACCUGGAGGGCAUUCUACAAGAGUUAGGAAGCUAAGGCUGAAUACUCUGGGGUAGGUGGCUAGGGUGGAGGAUGUUUCUGAUUUUCUGGUGUGUGUGGGGGGCAAACCACCUAUUCUCUCUCUCAUGUGCCUCUCCUCUUGGAGAGGUACACUUCUUGAAAGACCCCAUUUCUGGGGCGCCUGGGUGGCUCAGUUGGUUAAGCGUCCGACUUCAGCUCAGGUCACAAUCUCACUGUCUGUGAGUUCGAGCUCCGAGUCGGGCUCUGUGCUGACUGCUCAGAGCCUGGAGCCUGUUUCAGAUUCUGUGUCUCCCUCUCUCUCUGACCCUCCCCCGUUCAUGCUCUGUCUCUCUCUGUCUCAAAAAUAAAUAAAUGUUAAAAAAAAAUUAAAAAAAAAAAAAAAAGACCCCAUUUCCGAGCAACAGAUCAGUUCAUGCAAUGUCAGCUUGUGCUCCCAUUGACCCCAUUCUUGUCUGCUGGAGGGCUAUGGGAAGCACUAGUUCUGGCUUCUCU